GGAAAGAAUAGGGCCCCUCCUCCGAUUGGCGAGGCGAGCGGGUAUAUAAUUGCCUCCUCCGUAGUCGCCGCCCUCGCUCUCUCUCUUCCUCUUCGACCUUUUGCUUCCAUUCUCUCUCUCUUCACCCCGGUCCCGCUGACCUGGCCUUGCCAAGAAACGUCCAGCGCCGCGGUAGAACCACGCAACACCUACCCUCCACCACACCACAGGCAACCUUGCGCCAAUCACCACGCUUCAAAUUGUCAUGGUCGAGACUGACUUGGUAGACCACGCCAAACAGGCUUUUGCCUGGGCCACGGCUUCGGCCACCAACUUCUUCCUUGCCCUCGCCCUCGUCUUUGCCGCUGUUCACGUCGUCCCCUUCUUGGCAAGGGCUUCACACAUCACUGUGCCUGGACCACUUCUCGCCAAGUUCUCAGACAUCUGGCUGCUCCGGCAGGCGAUGAAGGGCAAGCGCUUCGAGACUGUUCAUGAACUCCACAAGAAACAUGGCAAAUUUGUUCGCAUCGCCCCCAACCACGUCUCCAUCGCCGACCCUACCGUGCUCAACAAUGUAUAUGGUCAUGGUCAGGGAACGCUCAAGCCCGAGUACUACGAUGCAUUUGUCCCUCCCAAGCCCGCAGUUCGAGGUCUGUUCAACACCCGCGACCGCCACGAGCAUUCCCGCAAGCGUAAGAUUGUGUCGCACACCUUUGCACCCAAGAGCAUCCUUGCCUUUGAGCCUUUUAUCCGCCGAGAGGUGCAGGUGCUCCUCGAGAGGUGGGACGAAUUCUGCGCCACGGCGAAAAAGGAAAACACUCCAGGCCCUCGUGGGCUUAUGGGCCGUGCCUGGAUCGACUGCCUCGAGUGGAUGAACUACUUUGCCUUUGACACGAUUGGCGACCUUGCCUUUGGCACCACAUUUGGCAUGUUGGAAAAGGGCUACGAUGAGGCAAAGGUCGAGUUUGAGGAUGACAACGGCAACAAGACAUCGACGACUUGCUCGGCUAUCAAGAUCAUCAACGAACGCGGAGAGUACUCGGCCACGUUGGGCCUGGCGCCCGUCUGGAUCCGACCGUAUCUCGCCAUGCUUCCUUGGUUCAGCCAAAGGCUAGCAUCGGUCAAGAAGCUCUCUGGUAUCGCACUUGCUCGCGUCAACGACCGUCUUGAGAAUGGAUCCGAGAGGGACGACCUGCUGGCCAAGCUGCAAUCGGCCAAAGACGACCGUGGCGAGAACAUGGGCAAGAUGGAACUCACUGCUGAGGCCCUCACCCAGCUCAUUGCGGGUAGCGACACGACAUCGAACUCGAGCUGCGCCAUCAUCUACCAUCUCUGCACGCACCCACGCGCCAUGAAGAAGCUCCAGGUGGAGCUGGACCGUGAGCUCAAGCACUCGGAAGAGGUUCCCCUCCACGACGAUGUGCAGGAACUGCCCUACCUCCAAGCCGUCCUCUCGGAGUCGCUGCGCUUCCACUCGACGUCGUCCCUCGGCCUGCCUCGCUCGGUCCCAGCAGGUGGCUUUACCCUCGCUGGCAAAUUCUUCCCCGAGGGCUCCGUCGUCUCCGUGCCCGCCUACACGAUCCACCGCGACAAGUCCGUCUUUGGCGCCGACGCCGACGAGUACAACCCAGACCGAUGGCUCGCCCAGGGCGCCCGCCAAAAGUUUGAAAAGGCCUUUGUCCCCUUCAGCGUCGGACCGCGGGCGUGCGUGGGCAGAAACGUGGCCAUGCAGGAGCUCUCGCUGCUGAUUGCGGCCCUGAUUAGGCGGUACGACAUUGAGCUCAAGUACCCCGACGAGAAGCUCGACACCGUCGAGGGCUUCCUGCGCAAGCCGACGGUGUGCUGGGUUGGCAUCAAGCGGAGGGAGUGACGUCGUUGUUUGUGGUUGUACUCGUAGUUCUUGCUGAAGCAAUACUAUCCAAGUAGUUAGGGAGCUGAGAGUGAAGCGCGUGACACAUGGGAGUCUUCGGGACAGUGAAGGGGAUAGUUGGACCGGGCC